AUGGUUAACGAGACAAGCGCUGACGAAGGAGAAAUGGAGGACGUGGCCAACGCCCUGCGGAGCCUGCGCGUGCUGCGCGUGGUCCGCCUGCUGCGGCUGCUGAAAGUGCAGCGACUCAUGAACCUGGUGUAUGACAUCUUGGACAGCGAGUACAUCUUCAUCCUCUUCACUUUGCUCAAGCUCACGUGUCUCAUCACCGUCAUGAACCACGUCAUCGCCUGCAUGUGGUACGGCGUAGGCUACAUGACCAUGCAGAACGGUGAGCUAAACUGGCUGGAGAACAGCGGCGCAAACGCGUCCAGGGUCAUCGACGGCAGCAUGAUGUACCAGUACACCACCGCAUUGCACUGGAGCCUCACCCAGUUUACUCCCGCUUCAAUGGACUCCGUCGCCAGGAACGUGCCAGAGAGGAUUGUCAGCAUCGUGGUGGUCUUCUUUGCCCUCAUUGGCUUUUCCUCCAUCGUGGGCAGCGUCACCAACUCCGUAGCGCAGCUACAGGCGCUUCACGGGAACUCGCGGCGGCAGUUCUGGCUGCUGCGGAAGUACCUCAAUGAGAAGGGCAUCUGGAACCCCACGCGGGCGCGGCUGUUUGCCUUCCUGGAGCACGAGGUGGAAAGGCGGCGUCAGGAUGUCAAAGCGGAAGAUGUGAGGCCGGGAUCGCCUGUUGCUGCCUGA